AUGAAAUGGAAUAAAGUUGCAACAGAAGGUAUUGUGGUUGCUGGAGGGCAAGGCCAAGGGAAUGCUCUGACACAAUUGUCUAGUCCUAAUGGACUCUUCGUUGAUACGUUGGGUACACUCUAUGUAGCAGACUCGCACAAUCAUCGUGUAAUGCGCCAGACUCAAGGAGACACGAAACAAGGCACUGUAAUUGUGGGUGGAAAUGGCAAAGGAGCAGGAGCAAAUCAGUUCAACGUCCCCAUUGGUUUGUCUUUCGAUCGACAUGGUAAUCUCUAUGUCGUCGAUAUGGGUAAUAAUCGUGUUCAACGAUUUUCUAUCGAAUAA